UUCAUGGAUGGAGUCGGCUCGCAUCGAAAAGGGAGUUGAGUUAAAAGAAGGACACUGAGCGAAACCUGGAUGUGUUUUGAUGUGUUUAAAGUUGUGUCGAAGUCAGAAAUGACUCAUGUUUAACAUUGGCACGGCGUAGCACUGAAGGGACACGGCUAUUCUUCUGGGAAAAAGUCAGAAAAUGGAAUGUGUGUCGGCGUAGUUGAUCCCCCUUCAUGCUGCUGACUGAAGAGCUUCUGCAGGAGAAGAGCAGCAAGCAUGGACGUGGAAGACUUUCCUCCCCCACCUCCUGAACUAUUGGCAGACAGCGUCCCCUUUGCAGAUGAAGAUGAGGGGGAGGCCUUUGACUUUGACGACAGUGGUGACGACGUCCCUGAGGCUGAUCACCUACCUCCCGCACCUUCAGCUCCUCUAGCCUCUAGCAGCACAGAUCAGUGCCGGGACAAGUUGGUGGCCAGUCACCCUGAGGGCAGAAUCCCCAUGCUGAGCCCACCAGCCCCUUCCAGCACACCUGACACAGCUCCAUCAUCAGCAGGCACUGAAGUUGCCACGAGCAGAUCCUCCGCAGCAGGUGGAGCGGCAGCAGAAGGAGACUGGACAUCUGCUGUUGAGGGCACUGAUGACAAGGAGACAGAUUUACCGCCACCUCCCCCUCCUGUUGACGAUGACACAGAGACAGAUCCUGGAAGAACAGGCAGGGAGGGCCAGGAUGCAUCCAUCGACAACCCUCACCCUCCACCGGCCGUCCCCAGGACCUCCUCCCAGGGCAAAGUCAACCCCUACUCUGUGAUUGACAUCACUCCUCUCCAGCUGCAGCAGCUUGAGCAGCAACAUGGCCCCUCCUCUUCAGCCUCCUCACCAACAGAGCCAAAGGAACAAGCAGGAGAAACGCAGGAUACCCACACCAGCCCUGUUGGCAUCACCUCAGGAUAUGCUGUCCCAGUGCCCUGUGGCUAUGCAACCCCCUCCGGUGUACCACUCAUCACACCAGCUUACACCACACCCGUCAUCAUCCGACACCUCUCCGUGGAUGAGGAUGUCACUGUGGUUGGGACUGGCAGCACCUCUGUGGACAGUGUUUUCAGUGAAGAGUACCCACCUAUUACAGAAGAGGAUGCUUUGGCUAAAUGGGCGUCAGAUCCUGCCAACACUGCAUGGAUGGAAAAUCCAGAUGAGGUGAUUUAUGAUGAUGUGCCCAGAGAGAACUCUGACUCCAACACAGAUCCAGAUGAGAUGAUCUAUGAUGACGUGGAAUUUGGUGAGGAGGGGGGCUGCAACAGCUCCCUUGACAAUGGCUGGAGCUCGAGUGAGUUUGAAAGCUAUGACGAGGCCAGUGACGGGGAAGGGCGGCCAGAGAACGGCCUGCCCCACGCUUUCAUGAGAGGAAAGCCACCCCAGAGGAAAACCCAUCUCUCUCAAGAUCUGACACGCUUGAAAGAACACUAUGAGAAAAAGAUGAAAGAUCUAAUGGCAAAUACAGUGGGAACGGUAGAGCUGCAGCAGCUAAAACAGAAACACGAGUAUAAGAUGCAAAAGCUGGUGAAGGCAGCCAAGGAAGGGACCAAAGAUGGACUAGAGAAAACCAAAGCUGCAGUGAAAAAGGGACGGUCUUUCAUCAAGACCAAGUCAUUCUGUCAGGAGAGGAAGUCAGCCUGUUUUGAGGAUGAAGAGUCUGAGCUUUUCAUUGAGGUGGACUGUUUCAAUGUUGAGCCAGUGCUGUGUCCAGCACCAGAGGGUCUUUCACAGCAACAGCUGGUGAGAAGAUGUAUACUGGGAUCUAUACUGGAGAGCGAGAAGAACUAUCUUGAUGCACUAAAAAGGAUAUUAGAGCAAUAUGAGAAGCCCCUGUCCCAGAUUGAGCCGAGGCUGCUGAGCGACAGGAAACUGAAGAUGACCUUCUAUCGUGUGCGUGAGAUUUUGCAGUCCCACUUCCUGUUCCAGAUCGCCCUGGCAAGCCGAGUGGCCGAGUGGGACAGUCUGGAGAUGAUCGGGGAUGUCUUUGUAGCAUCGUUUUCAAAGUCCAUGGUGCUGGAUGCCUACAGUGAGUAUGUGAACAACUUCAGCACAGCAAUGGCAGUGGUAAGGAAGACGUGCGCCUCCAAACCUGGCUUCCUGGAAUUCCUCAAGCAUCGCCAGGAGACCAGCAGUGACCGAAUGACUUUAUAUGGCCUAAUGAUGAAACCUAUCCAGAGAUUCCCUCAGUUCAUUCUGCUCCUUCAGGACAUGCUGAAGAACACACCAGUGGGUCACGCAGACCGUCUGCCCCUGCAGAUGGCCCUGACUGAACUGGAGACGCUGGCAGAGAAGCUCAACGAAAAGAAGAGGGAAGCCGACCAGCGCUGCGAGAUCCGUCACAUUGCAAAGGCCAUGAAUGAACGCUACCUCAACAAGCUUCUGAGUAAUGGCAGCCGUUACCUGAUCCGCUCAGACGACAUGGUGGAGACGGUCUACAAUGAGCGUGGUGAAAUCAUCAAAACCAAGGAGCGACGCCUCUUCCUGCUCAAUGAUGUUCUCAUGUGUGCCACGCCCAAUAUCCGAUGUCAGGAUGGCAGUGGGAGUGGCAGCGGCAAUGCCCCACUCGACCAGAAGUUCCUCCUGAAGUGGAGCGUGCCUUUGAGCUUCGUGGAGGUGCUCGAGUUUGGGUCCAGCGAGGACAUGGCCGACAGCAGCCACUACCCAACGCCUCAUUCUGGGGAGAAGGUGGUCAUCAACGCUAAGCCAAACAAGCUGUACAUGGGCCCUGGUCAAUUGUACCAAGAUCUGCAGAACCUGAUCCAUGACCUUAGCUUGGUCAACCAGAUUUCCGGCAUGAUCAGCAGCCUCAAAGGCAACUACCAGAAUGUAAACCCUACAGUGGCCCAGGACUGGGUAUCAGGUCUCCAGAGACUGAUACUGAAGAAGGAGGAGGAGAUCAGGGCUGCUGACCGGUGUAGGAUCCAACUCCAGCUGCCUGGCAAACAAGACAAGUCUGGUAAACCCACUUACUUCAGUGCAGUGUUCAACACUCUCAGCCCAGCCAUAAAACAGUCAUGGAUCAGUAACUUGCAGAUGGCGAAGCUGGCUCUAGAGGAGGACAACCUGCAGGGCUGGUUCUUUGCAGAGGAUGAUGGGAAUCAGAUCAAAAAGCAGAAGCACCCUCUCUUACUUCGACAAAUGCCUGUGGUCAUGUCAAAACUACAGGAAUUCAAGGUUGAAUGUGCUGUUCACAACCCAGAGCCCCACAUCAACAUAGAGAGCACAGCAGACACACCCGUCGUGGGCCAUGGCUGCGUCUGGGUUGCAAGUUGCACAAACCAGAUGGGCCAGAUAUCCAUCGUGGCCAUGCAGAACUCUAGCCCUAAGGUGACUGAGUGUUUCAAUGUAGAGUCCCGUAUCCUCUGCAUGGCCUACGUCCCUGCAGAGCAACCCCUGGAGAAUGGCGAGAAACUCCCCGUAAACGACCAUGUCCACGCAGCGAAGGCUAGUGAUUCCCCCAGUGUCUGUCUGGGCAUGGAGGAGGGCAGCAUCAUUGUAUACAAGAGCAGCCAGCGGUCUAAGAAAGUACGUCUGCAGCAUUUCUUCACCCCAGACAAGUCCACCGUCACCAGCCUGGUCUAUAUGAAACACUGUCUGUACGCUGGCCUCGUCAGCGGCUCUGUGGCAAUCUACUCCAGAUCACAAGAUGGUUUGUGGAGUAAUGAAAAGCCCAAGGUCCUGAAGCUAGGAGUCCUCCCCGUCAAGGCCAUGCUGGCUGUGGAGGAUCACCUCUGGGCUUCGUCUGGUGGACAAGUCUUCAUCAUCAGCACCCACACACACUGUAUAGAGAGGCAGCUGGAGGCCCACCAGGAGGAGGGCAUGGUGGUGUCCCACAUGGUGGUGGCUGGUGUGGGCAUCUGGAUUGCCUUCAGCUCUGGUUCCACUCUGCGCCUUUUCCACACAGAGACCCUGGAGCACCUGCAGGACAUUAACAUUGCUACACCUGUCCACAACACACUGCCCGGUAACCAGAGAGUGUCAGUGAGCAGUCUGCUGGUCUGUCACGGUCUGCUGCUGGUAGGGACCAACCUGGGGGUGACUGUGGCCCUCUCAGUCCCCAGACUGCAGGGGAUCCCCAAGGUCACAGGUCGAGGUAUGGUUUCCUUACACGCUCAUAACGGACCAGUCAAGUUCCUCACGGUGGCUGCUGCAGUCUGUAACCGGCCCUCUGGCCCGCCAUCCUCCACCCCUCCCACCUCAGUCCAGUCAACAGAGACAGAUGAGGGGGAGAACCCCCAGCCCCCAUCAGAUUCAGCCCCGUCUCCCCCACAGGGUCGGGGUGUGUGGUUGGGAGAGGCGGGCUGCACCACCAUGGCUCUCCAGGACUCCCUGUCAUCAUCAUGCGGCUCCCUAGCUCCAUCCCAGGGCUCCCUGGAGCACGGGCCCGAGGACGGGGCCCUUUACGACGUGCUCCAUGACCCAGCACAUCACCAGAAGGGCCGGCGGACCAGCAAGGUGGAUGUCAGCUCUUUGUUGGUGGUGUCUGGCGGUCUGGGCCACCGCAGGGUGAACAAAAAGACCAAACAGUCUCGCCAUGAGGACACCACCUCUACCAUCAUGGUCUGGCAGAUACCUUUGCUCAACAUGUGACAACAACAGCACGUUGGUUAAAACAAAAGAGGGAAGUCUGGUGUAAUACUUCAAUCAAAUCAACGACAUGUCUUAUGAAGCCAGAAGUGCAUUAAGGAUAAUCCACAGUGUUGCAAUGAUGUUUCUAAUGAUGUCUCCUCCCAUUAAAAAAACAGAGACAGGAUCAAUAUAACCACUCAAUCAUGAUGCUUAGCGACGCAAACUGCACCCUCAAGACCAGUCAAAGGAUAUACUGGGCCUGUUAAGGAUGUACUUGUUUGAAAACACUGAAAGGUCUCUAAUGUUGCUGUCUGAUGAAGUCGGUUGUUCUGUAACGUGGCUAAUACUUAACUCUCCAGUGUUUGUGCCAUGCCAGUUGGCUGUAUAGGACUGCAGUAUUUAAUCAGUAUUGAAACAAGAAGUGAGAAGAUAGGAAAAGAUGGGGGGUUUUUGAAUCUGUUACAUGAAACUUUUAUUUAGAUUGCUUGGACCUUAGGUCAGCUGUCAAGGCCAGAGUUGUAAAUAUGGAGUAAGACAACUCAGGAUUUCAUGUGUGUGAGUUUUAUGGUUAGAGAUGGUUUCUGCGUUUAUAUGGAAUCCUUUUAAUAUUGGACCAGCUUGUCUGGUGCUACUGCCAUUCUAUAGAGGAAAUGGAUUAAAAAGGUGAUAUAUUGAUGACUGAAUUAGUUUUGGGAAGGCCUUGAUGAGAAUCCCUGGCUGGCCAGGUUUCUGUUCAUAAAGGGAUGAGCGAAUUGUUAUGAAGAGGAGAGCCCCCCCCCCCCACAUCUCUGUGUUACACAUAAGAAUAUUUAAAAAAAGACAAACAGCUUUAUACUUUUGUGUCAUUUUGUAUGUACUUCUGUUAUAUGUAUUAACAUUCAUAAACUGUUUCAACGCUG